UACCCUCUAACCUCAGCAUGGCGGCGUCCUGUCAAAAUACACGAGAAUCUCAUAUCAUAGCCUGAUCGAAAGCUAAGGACAAAUAGAUCUAGUGUGAAAGCACCAAAUUUACUUUAAUGUUGUUUUCCCAAUAGCUGUGAUCUGCCGGCUAUCAUGCCUCUUUUACUAAAACCUCUUAGUAAUAAUUUAUUGUUUGCUGGACUAUUUCGUAAUGUAAAGAUAUGCAGAAUAAAGAGAAGAAGUCAGGGUUAUACAGAGUCGUGCACGUUAAUCAGACACAGAUGGAUAAAGAAUACUUCCUGUGUGAGAGAGUCCAGCUCUUCAGCUCAGAAGCAGAACAUAGAUCUGUCCCAGUUUCCUGUGGACAAGAUAAGAAACUUCAGCAUCAUCGCUCAUAUUGACCAUGGCAAAAGCACCCUCGCUGACAGAUUGUUGGAGAUGACAGGUGCCAUUGCAAAGACGGAUCGCAAUAAGCAGGUGUUGGACAAGCUGCAGGUGGAGAGAGAGAGAGGAAUAACAGUAAAAGCUCAGACUGCCUCUCUGUUCUAUAAGCACGAGGGACAGACCUAUCUACUCAAUCUCAUCGACACACCGGGUCACGUCGACUUCAGCUAUGAGGUGUCACGCUCCAUAUCAGCCUGCCAAGGAGUUCUGCUCAUAGUAGAUGCAAAUGAGGGAAUACAGGCACAAACUGUGGCAAACUUCUACUUGGCAUUUGAAGCUCAGUUAAGCAUCAUUCCAGUUAUAAAUAAAAUUGAUUUGAAAAAUGCAGAUCCUGACAGAGUGGAAAAGCAAAUUGAAACGAUGUUUGAUAUUCCCAGUGAGGAGUGUAUCAGGAUUUCUGCUAAAUUAGGUAUAAAUGUGGACAGAGUUCUUCAAGAGGUAGUGAAGAGAAUUCCCCCACCUACGGCUAAGCUAGAGGAACCAUUUAAAGCCCUGGUUUUUGAUUCAACAUUUGACCACUACAGAGGAGUAGUAGCGAAUAUCGCCUUGUUCAGUGGACAGGUCUGUAAGGGGGACAAAAUUGUCUCGGCCCACCUGGGAAAGACAUACGAGGUCAAUGAACUGGGGGUCCUGCGGCCAGAUGAACAUCCCACAGAAAGGCUCUACGCAGGACAGGUAGGAUAUGUGAUAGCUGGCAUGAAGGAAGUGAAAGACGCACAGAUUGGAGACACAUUUUAUCACCAGAAGCAGCCAGUGGAGCCACUGCCUGGCUUUAAACCUGCUAAGUCCAUGGUCUUUGCAGGUAUAUACCCUACGGAUCAAUCGGAGUAUCCGUCUCUGCGCAGCGCAGUGGAGAAACUCACUUUGAAUGACUCCAGCGUGAUGGUGCAGAGAGACAGCAGUAUGGCUUUGGGGGCUGGCUGGAGGCUGGGUUUUCUGGGUCUGUUGCACAUGGAGGUCUUUAACCAGCGUUUGGAGCAGGAGUAUAAUGCCUCUGUUAUAGUCACUGCUCCAACAGUGCCUUACAAAGCUGUCCUGUCCUCACCCAAACUCAUAAAGGAGUACGGACAGGAGGUAAUAACCAUUGUAAACCCAACCCAAUUCCCUGAAAAAUCUUGUGUGGUGGAAUACCAGGAGCCCAUGGUACUGGGAACCAUCAUCAGCCCAGAUGACUUUACUGGGAAGAUCAUUAGCCUCUGUCAGAGCCGCAGAGCUGUUCAGAAGAACAUGGUUUACAUCGAUGACCGCCGAGUGAUGAUGCAGUACCUGUUCCCUCUAAACGAAAUUGUGGUCGAUUUUUACGAUGAGCUUAAGUCCAUGUCAUCAGGAUAUGCUAGCUUUGACUACGAGGAUGCUGGCUAUGAACCAGCUGAACUGAUUAAGAUUGAUUUCCUGCUCAAUGGGAAACCAGUGGAGGAACUCACCACUAUUGUUCACAAAGACCAGGCCUAUAACACAGGGAAAGCAAUGUGUGUAAAGCUAAAGGAAUCCAUACCCAGACAGAUGUUUGAGAUUGCUGUACAGGCAGCCAUCGGGAGUAAAGUCAUCGCCAGGGAAACAAUCAAAGCAUACAGAAAGAAUGUCCUAGCAAAGUGUUAUGGUGGUGAUAUCACACGAAAAAUGAAGCUGUUGAAAAAACAAGCAGAGGGCAAGAAGAAAAUGAGACGCAUCGGAAAUAUUGAUGUCCCUAAAGAUGCCUUCAUCAAUGUACUGAAAAGGAAGUAGGAACUACAAGAAAAAUCUGUCAAAAAUGCUACGUGCUGAGGUCGUAAUCGAAGGCAGAAAUCUGGAUCCAAAUCAAAUCUGAGGUGGCUGAUUUUUCAAGGAAGUCCUCUAUGCUGUCCUACACAUCCCAAAAUACAGUGUACCCAUAGACUGGAUAAGAAAAACACGUGCUAUUUGGGCCUCUCCACAGACCACAUGUUGCCCUCUGCAACACCCAGUGACAUGGGAACAACCAUGGCCUCACCCUCCUGUAUUGGACUAUAUAUAUAUUUAUUUAAUGUACUAAAAAAUAUCAAGUCAGGAAUUUUCAGACAAAAGAAUGCUUUAUCAGCUGUGCAAUGUAAACCUUUAUUAUUAAAAAAAAACAACUAAAAUUUGUAUAGAUUGUUUUGGUGACUAAGUAAUUGAUACAUAAAAAGUAACCCCAUGUUAUUUGUUUUCACAGAUUUUAUUUCUUACAAAAUAGCUGGUAUAGUAAUAGAUUGUUUAUUUUCAUCCAGCAAUACUUUAUUCAGCCUAGCUUAACAUGCCUUAGCAUAGAUUUCAAGAUUUUAGGUACCUUUUUGGAUAUGAAAUCUCUGCCUUCAGUGUCAGGCUCAAGGCAGCAGCUGCUUAAGUUAUAUAAAUUCAAGCUUUUGGAUGUGGGUCUUUAAGUGCUUUAUAUAAUUAAAAAACAGGUUACCUUCAGCACUUCAUUGCAACCACAUAUACGGUCGUAUGCAAAUGUUUAGGAACCCCUGACAACUUCCAUGAUUUUCAUUUAUAAAUAUUUGGGUCUUUAGAUCAAAAUGAAAUUGCUGAUCCAUCAAAUAACUGAAGGACACAUAUUUCAGUAGUGAAAUUAGGUUUAUUGGAUUAACAGAAACUGUGCAAUAUGCAUCAAAAUGAAAUUAGACAGGUGCAUAAAUUAUGGCACCCCAACAGAAAAAUCACAUCAAUAUUUAGUAGAGACUCCUUUAGCAGAAAUAACAGCCUCUAGACGCUUCCUAUAGCCUGUAAUUAGUGUCUGGAUUCUGGAUGAAUGUAUUUUUACCAUACUUCCUUACAAAACAGUCCAGUUCAGUUAGGUUUGAUGGUUGCUGAGCAGAGACAGCCCGCUUCAAAUCACCCCACAGAUGUUCAAUGAUAUUCAGGUCUGGGGACUGGGAUGGCCAUUCCAGAACAUUGUACUUGUUCCUCUGCAUAAAUGCCUGAGUAGAUUUUGAGCAGUGUUUUGGGUCAUUGUCUUGUUGAAAUAUCCAGCCCGGGCGUAACUUCAACCUUGUGACCGAUUCCUCAACGUUAUUUUCAAGAAUCUUUUGAGGUUCUUUUGAUUUUGAGAAUCUAAUUGAGAUAUUGAGUGGAAUCCAUGAGACACUCAACUUUAACCAGAUUCCCAGUACCAGCACUGGCCACACAGACCCACAGAAUGAUGGAAACGCCACCAAAUUUUACUGUGGUUAGUAAGUGUUUUUCUUGGAAUGCUGUGUUCUUUUGCCACCAUGCAUAACGCCCCUUGUUAUGACCAAAUAACUUAAUCUUUGUUUCAUCACUCCACAGCCCCUUAUUCCAAAAUGAAGCUGGCUUGUCCAAAUGUGCGUUUGCAUACCUCAAGCGACUCCGUUUGUGGUGGAUGUGCAGAAAAGGCUUCUUUCGCAUCACUCUCCUAUACAGCUUCACCUUGUGCAAAGUGCGCUGAAUUGUUGAACGAUGCACAGAGACACCAUCUGCAGCAAGUUGAUGUAGGUCUUUGGAGGUGGUCUGUGGGCGGUUUUUGGGCCGUUCUCACCAUCCUUCACCUUUGCCUCUCCAAUAUUUACGUGGCCUGCCACUUCUGGCCUUAACAAGAACUGUACCUGGGGUCUUCCAUUUCCUCACUAUGUUCCUCACAGUGGACACUGACAGCUUAUAUCUCUGCGAUAACGUUUUGUAGCCGUCCCCUAAGCCAUAAUGUUGAACAAGCUUUGUUUUCAGGUCAUUUGAGAGUAGCUUUGAGGUCUCCAUGUUGCCACUCUUCAGAGGAGAGUCAAAGAGAACGACUUACAAUUGGCCACCUUAAAUACCUUUUCUCAUGAUUAAAUGCACCUUUCUAUGAAGUUCAAGGCUUAAUGAGCCACCAAACCAAUUGUGUGUUCCAAUUAAUCAGUGCUAAGUAGUUACAGGUAUUCAAAUCACCAAAAUGGCAAGGGUGCCCAAAUUUAUACACCUGUCUAAUUUCAGUUUUG